UCACGUGGGAGCGGGUGCGGAAGUGGUGCCGCAGGACGUGUUCGUAAUUGGCCGCGGCCGAGGGGGCGGGGGCGGGGGCGGACCGAUAGACGCGCCGGGAGGAGCCGGAGGAGGAGGCUGUCGCCGGGGCCGGCGCCAGAGUCCAGGAUUUGGCCUGCGGUGCUGACCGAGUGCUGGACCAGCAGUGGUCCCGAGUACCCCGGCUGCGCGCGCUCCGGCUGCUCAGAGAACGCGCGGCCAAGGCGCAGGCGGCAGCAGGAGCCGGUGUGGUGGGCGGAGGGAGGCCAGGAGGGCGCGGGCGCCCUGAGCGCGGAGCAGGCGGAGGCGGCCAGGGGCCGGGACGCCAUGUCCAUGGAGGACCCCUUCUUUGUGGUAAAAGGAGAGGUACAAAAAGCAGUCAACACUGCCCAGGGAUUGUUUCAGAGAUGGACAGAGCUCCUCCAGGACCCCUCCACGGCAACAAGGGAAGAAAUCGACUGGACCACCAACGAGCUGAGAAACAACCUCCGCAGCAUAGAGUGGGAUCUAGAGGACCUUGAUGAAACCAUCAGCAUAGUUGAAGCAAAUCCUAGAAAAUUCAACCUCGAUGCAACUGAAUUGAGUAUAAGAAAAGCCUUCAUUACAAGUACUCGGCAAGUUGUUAGGGACAUGAAAGAUCAGAUGUCAACUUCAUCUGUACAGGCCUUAGCUGAAAGAAAAAAUAGACAGGCACUGUUGGGAGACAGCGGCAGCCAGAACUGGAACACUGGAACAAGUGAUAAAUAUGGGCGCCUGGAUCGAGAGCUCCAGUUAGCCAAUUCCCAUUUCAUCGAGGAGCAGCAAGCACAGCAACAGUUGAUCGUGGAACAGCAGGAUGAGCAGUUGGAGCUGGUCUCUGGCAGCAUCGGGGUGCUGAAGAACAUGUCCCAGCGCAUCGGAGGGGAGCUGGAGGAGCAGGCAGUUAUGUUGGAUGAUUUCUCUCAUGAGUUGGAGAGUACUCAGUCUCGACUGGACAAUGUGAUGAAGAAACUUGCAAAAGUGUCUCACAUGACCAGUGAUCGGCGCCAGUGGUGUGCCAUAGCCAUCCUCUUUGUGGUCCUGUUGAUCGUGCUGAUCCUCUUCUUAGUGCUGUGAUGGUGUGGCCUGAGGGUGCAAGUUCCUCCUGCACGUGAACCAAGGGGAGGAGGAGAAGCGAGCACAUGCGCCGUUGCUGUCUACUCACAUUCCUCUCCUGGAAACAUAUCGCUGCACUGACUUUUCUCUGUGUGACCCCACAAUUGAGACAGCUCCUCCAUCCCAGCGCUGGAAGGGCCAGUGGGAAGAGAAAUACGACUGCACUCCCGGUGCCGGCUGGACGACAAAUGCCCUGUGCUGCCUGUCCUGUUCUGAGGACAACUGGCCACUGCUUUGCCUCCGUGGACCUUGUUCCCUGAGGAAGGACUCUGAAUAAUCCAGAAAAAUUAGCAGAUUCCACUAGUGUUUGCUGUUGCUCAUUCCAUGCAUUCUUGGCAGCUCUUUUCUUCUGCUCAGACCCUUCCCCUGCUCAGACAGUGCACUGCUGUCCCAUCAAAAGAAACCUGUCGGGAAUGUGAGCUUCUGGGUAUGUUUCGUUUCCCAUUGCUGUAGCAUUUCUAAGCCCCUGAGAGCUGAUUAUUAUUGAGGACAGAGGCUCAGAAACAGUUUGUGACAGAAAAUACAGUGUUUCAUUUUUCAGGGAUAAAUGAUGAUAUAAAAUUGCCUUUGCAGGUGCAUUUCUUUGUGGUAGGAUAACUAAUGGAAAGUAAUGGAACACCUUGGGGUUUGGGUGGCUUUAAUUGACGGGAGCAGUUAAAAAAAGCAGCAGGACCCUGCACUGGCACACCUUAGGGAAAGGCUGAUGAUGUCGCCAGAGGUCAGAGCCUGAACCUUGCCAACUUCAUGUUGCUAUACCAGUGCUUCCUCCUCAAGGUGCAAAUAGCAUUUUUAGGGUGACUCCUACAUAUGUUGUUGCUAAAUAGCUCAGCAGCACACUUGAAUGAAUUAGGAUACUGGGUUAUCCUCAUUGAUAGUUAUUUUAUUCCUAUGGCACUCUACUUUGGGGGGAUGGGGUUGGGAAUGGAUAGCACAUUUAUUACAUCUACUCAGAAACAGUAAUGACCAAAAAAAGGCUAGUUCUGGACCAGACUUCUCUUACCCUGCGUGUAAUGGCGAGGAUGGGUAGGUGAACUUGGUUCUUCCUCCCUAAGGUGACAACUUGAUUUUAUCAUCUAUUCAAAUAACUGAGCCAAUCCAAAUUUAAAUGAUAGUUGCUUUAAUUGAGCAUAAGUAGCUGAAACUGCUGAAACACUAAACUUCAAGCUUUGAUGACUUUUUAAAUGCCUCAGAUGUAUACAUGUGUAUAGGAUAUUUUUAUAACUUCCCUGAUGAAUAAUCUGAUACUAAAGUAGCAUUCGGACCCA